GGGUUCAUCCACCGGCCUUUCAUAGUGUGGGAACCAUUUUCAGCAGCUUGCCCCACACAGAACCAAGCUUCGUUCAUCGAAGCCUGCAGACUUGUGGAUGUGGUUUCGCCCAAUCAUCUGGAAAUGACUGCUAUGUUCGAGAAUUCACCCUCCGAAGCCUUUCAGCCUGACCGACUGAAAACAUAUGCACUGGAGUUCAGCAAGGCAACCGGGCCGGAUGGAAGCGGGAUCGUUAUCGUGAGAGCAGGUGAACAUGGCUCGUUGACCACUCAAAAUUCAGGUAAGAGUGUAUGGCUUCCGCCAUACUACGAGUCAUCGGUGGCAAAGGUUGUUGAUCCUACCGGUGGCGGGAAUACGUGUCUAGGCGGGUUUAUCGCAGGCUGGAAAGCAUCAGGAGAUAUUGCCAAAGCAUCUAUUGAUGGUAACGUGGCUGCAAGUUUUGCUAUCGAGCAGAUUAGUUUGCUUUCUUGUGAAUUGAGCGAUGGAGAGGAGAGAUGGAACGGCGCUCGGGUAAUGGAGCGUCUUGCUGAGUAUAGAGCA